CCUUCGUGGGUGACGUAAAUCGUGCGCCGGGCGGUAGGACGCGGGAUGCGCAUGCGCCUUCUUUGCGUCAGCUUCGGCCACUUGCUCGGAGUUGGGAACCGGAACCCUUGCGAAGUCCCGGUUUGUUGCGGUUUCCCCAGCGCGGGAUCGGUACGCCGCGCCGGUAGGCUGGGGAAGGAGGGGCUAAAGUCAGUGUCUCCCUGGCUGCAUGAAUCAGAGGUAGAGUAGCUCUUUCCUGCCCGUAGGAGCCGGACCCCGCCCCCGUCCUGGCCUAGAAUCCCAUUCCCCUUCCUAGCCCCUUUUCGCGUUUCCGUGGGGGACCCCUCUCACUUCCUCCUCUUCUGCUAGUGACUCCCUGAUAAGGCCAUGAAGCUCGUGAGGAAGGACAUUGAAAAGGACAAUGCGGGCCAGGUGACUCUGGUCCCCGAAGAGCCCGAGGACAUGUGGCACACCUACAAUCUAGUGCAGGUGGGCGACAGCUUGCGCGCUUCCACUAUCCGCAAGGUUCAGACCGAGUCCUCCACCGGCAGCGUGGGAAGCAACCGGGUCCGCACUACCCUCACUCUCUGCGUGGAGGCCAUCGACUUUGACUCCCAAGCCUGCCAGCUGCGGGUCAAGGGGACCAAUAUCCAAGAGAAUGAGUAUGUCAAGAUGGGGGCGUACCACACCAUCGAACUGGAGCCCAAUCGCCAGUUCACCCUGGCCAAAAAACAGUGGGAUAGUGUGGUUCUGGAGCGCAUCGAGCAGGCCUGUGACCCGGCUUGGAGCGCUGAUGUGGCAGCUGUAGUCAUGCAGGAAGGCCUCGCCCAUGUCUGCUUAGUCACUCCUAGCAUGACCCUCACUCGGGCCAAGGUGGAGGUGAACAUCCCUAGGAAACGGAAAGGCAACUGCUCCCAGCAUGACCGGGCCUUGGAGAGGUUCUACGAACAGGUGGUCCAGGCCAUCCUGCGCCACAUAAACUUUGAUGUUGUGAAGUGCAUCCUGGUGGCCAGCCCAGGAUUUGUUCGGGAACAGUUCUGCGACUACAUGUUUCAGCAAGCAGUGAAGACUGACAACAAAGUGCUUCUGGAAAACCGGUCCAAAUUUCUUCAGGUACAUGCCUCCUCUGGACACAAAUAUUCACUAAAAGAGGCCCUUUGUGACCCUACUGUAGCGAGUCGCCUUUCAGACACUAAAGCUGCUGGAGAAGUAAAAGCCUUGGAUGACUUUUAUAAAAUGUUACAGCAUGAACCGGACCGAGCUUUCUAUGGACUCAAGCAGGUGGAGAAGGCCAAUGAAGCUAUGGCAAUUGACACGUUGCUUAUCAGUGAUGAGCUCUUCAGGCACCAGGAUGUAGCCACAAGGAGCCGGUAUGUGAGGCUGGUGGACAGUGUGAAAGAGAAUGCAGGCACAGUUAGGAUAUUCUCCAGUCUUCAUGUAUCUGGGGAACAGCUCAGCCAGUUGACUGGAGUCGCUGCCAUUCUCCGAUUCCCUGUCCCUGAACUUUCUGACCAAGAGGAUGAUUCCAGUUCUGAAGAGGAUUAAUGAUUGAAAUUACAAUUGAGAUAGCAUGUCUCAUUUCUUUACUGUUACAUUUUGUCAGCAUUCUUUGAAAGAAAGCUGCAAGAGAGGCACUUUUUGAUUUCAUCCAAGGAUUUCUUAUGUAUUUUAUGAUUGGAAAGACAUGUUUUCAAACGAAAUAAUAAAGAAAAGGAAAUAAUCUCCAUGUACUA